AGCGCGGGAAAAUUGAUGCAAUUACGACCCACUAGCCGCGCUUUUCAUAUAAGUUCUGUACAAUUUUUCCAAAUUUAGUCACUGAAAUAGAGAUUGGUUGCGGAAGGAUGCCUGAAGAGGGCAAGAAAGAGCCCAGAAUGGCGGAUAUAAACGGCGAAAUGGAGUUUCCGGCGUUUCCCUAUAGACCCUACUCCAUUCAGCUCGAUUUCAUGAAGGCUCUCUACCAAUCCCUUGAGAAAGGAGGAAUUGCUAUGCUUGAAAGCCCAACUGGAACAGGGAAAACCCUGAGCAUAAUUUGCAGUGCUUUGCAGUGGCUAGUUGAUAAAAAGCAAAAAGAUCAAGUUUUUAAACCUGGGUCUAAUUUGGAAAAGAUAGGACAAUCUGAGGAUCUUCACAUUUCUGAUGAUGAGCCAGAUUGGAUGAAAAAUUUUACAUUGAAUGAUGAAAGUAAGACCCCUGAAGAUAGUAGUAAUACUGGGAAGAAUAAGAAAGGAAGGGAAAGGGCAAAAGGAAAAAAAGAAGGCAAUAGUGUUAGAGAUAUAAUUACUCAAAAUGGAGGAGAUGGAGAACACAAUGCUGAUAAGAGAAGGAUGAAAGCCUUGAGACCAAACAAGGGAGUUGAAGAUGUCGAUGAUGGUGAAUUCUUGAUGGAUGACUAUGAGAGUGAAAACGAAGAUGGCAUACCAAAAAAAAGGGGCAGUGGGGGUUGUUCUUUUGAUUCAUCAAGUGAUGAGGAAGAACAGGAACUUGAUGUUAAGGAGAAGGAAGAAGAGGCAAAGCUAAAGAUCUACUUUUGCAGCCGGACACAUUCUCAGCUUUCCCAGUUCAUAAAAGAGUUGAGGAAGACCAAGUUUGCCUGUGAGUUGAAGGUUGUGAGCUUGGGGUCAAGGAAGAAUUUUUGCAUCAAUGAAGAGGUUCUGAGACUAGGUAAUUCCAUUUCCAUAAAUGAGAGAUGUUUGGAGCUUCAAAAGAACAAGAAAAUUGGUGCUUCCAAAAUGGCGAAUUUGGAUGCUGGGAGAAGGGUCCGCAGGAUGAAGGCACCUUCUAGAUGCCCAAUGCUUCGAAGUCACAAAAUAGUAAGAGAAUAUAGGAGUGAAAUCUCUCAACAGGGUCCUUUAGACAUUGAAGAUCUCGUUAAGGUUGGAAACAAGCUAGGAACUUGCCCUUAUUAUGGUUCAAGAAGUAUGGUCCCUGGUGCUGAUCUUGUUAUUCUUCCUUACCAAUCUCUUCUCUCAAAAUCAUCACGAGAAUCACUUGGUCUAAAUUUGAAGAACAACAUUGUCAUCAUAGACGAGGCCCAUAAUCUGGCUGACUCGCUCAUAACUAUGUAUGAUGCCAGAAUCACUUUGUCUCAGUUGGAGCGCAUCCAUUCCCACCUGGAGAAAUAUCUGCAAAGAUUCUACAAUCUAUUAGGACCAGGCAAUAGGAGAUAUAUCCAGACACUGAUGGUCCUCACAAGCAGUUUCCUACGUACUAUAGCUUCCACGGAGGAGUCAAAUUAUGUGAAUGCCCUCUGCAGUGGUGAUGAUCGGAGUGGCUUUGAUUUUUCUAUGGCCUUAAACGAUUUUCUAUUUUCCCUCAACAUUGACAAUAUAAACCUGAUUAAACUACUGAAGUAUAUAGAAGAGAGUAAUAUCAUUCACAAGGUUAGUGGAUAUGGAGAUAAGUUAGCCUCAUUGCAGAAUGUUGUUGAACUUGUGGGAAGCACAACGGAAGGAAGCACGUUAUCUGGCUUCCGUGCCUUGUUUAGUAUACUGUCGUCAUUGACAAAUAAUGAUGGUGAUGGGAGGAUAAUAGUUUCAAGAGCAAGAAAUACAUCAUCUGGGCAACAAGGUGGAUAUUUGAAAUAUGUAAUGCUUACCGGGGAAAAAAUAUUCUCAGAGAUUGUGCAACAAACACAUGCAAUCAUUUUGGCAGGAGGAACACUACAACCUAUAGAGGAAACAAAAGAACGACUCUUCCCAUGGUUACUACCUGAGCAGUUUCAUUUCUUCUCCUGUAGUCAUAUAGUCCCUCCUGCUAAUAUUUUACCUAUUGCUGUUUCCCAAGGGCCUUCUGGUCAGUCCUUUGAUUUUAGCUACAAUGCAAGAAACGCCUCAAACAUGAUUGAGGAGCUAGGACUGUUACUCUGUAAUUUGGCAGCUGUUGUACCUGAAGGAAUAGUUGUUUUUUUCUCUUCAUUUGAUUACGAAAGUAAGGUCCAUGAUGCAUGGAAAACAUCAGGUAUCCUUGCUAGGAUCAUGAAGAAAAAGCGGAUAUUCAGAGAGCCAAGAAAGAGUACAGAUGUGGAACUUCUCCUGAAUGAUUACAAGGACACAAUCGAUAAAUCAUCGAGUUCAGAUGCCAAAAGCAAUCCUGCAUCUUUCAAUGGGGCAGUGCUCUUUGCUGUUGUGGGUGGAAAGGUAUCAGAAGGUAUCAACUUUAGUGAUGGGAUGGGUCGAUGUAUAGUCAUGGUGGGACUUCCAUUCCCUAGCCCAUCAGAUAUAGAGCUGAUGGAGAGGGUGAAAUACAUUGAGGGACUUGACAGUACAUUUACCAGUAAAAGCAAAAGGUUGGCUGGAAGCAGUGAAAGCAGUAAUGGAAACAUUCAAGCUGGUUUUGACAUCCUGAGAUGUUGUAAGCGCAGGGGGCGACAGUAUUAUGAAAAUCUAUGCAUGAAAGCCGUGAAUCAAUCCAUUGGUAGAGCAAUUAGGCAUGUCAACGAUUAUGCCGUCAUAUUGCUGGUUGAUGUAAGAUACACAGCAGAUCCUUCAAGAAGAACUUCCUCCAAUUUCUGUGACAAACUGCCUCAGUGGAUCAGAAGCAGUCUGGUUUCUUCACUGGAGAAUUAUGGCAUAGUCCAUAAACUGUUGCACCAGUUCUUCAAGUUCCACAGGACGAAAGAGGGGAAGCAAUAGUAAGCCUUCAGUCAACAUGGAACUGUAUCAACAGCAGGUAUCCUGUAGCCCAUUAACCAAGUGUAUAUUAUACUUAUAAAACAUUGUAUCAUUACCCUCAGUUUUGAGUGAAAUAUAAGGCCAUUGUCUUGUGCCCUUUCUUUCAUUUUUUUUUUCUCACUAGAUCGAUGUGGUUCACAGUGAAUUCAUCAAGUGAAUCAAGUUGUUGAACCUUUUCCUAUUUUUAGUUGGAAGGCUCAAAUCAUUAAACUCUGAACCCUAACAUUGGCACUCUGCUGAGCUGCAUGUUGCUGAUAUCCAUUUUAGCUUAACACCCUAAUCUGAAAUUUUGUGACCAC